GGAGGCUUGGACCCUCAGAAAGCAGCGUUUCUCCUGCGCAAGCAGUGGACCUUAUACAGCGUGAGCCCUCUGUACGGUUUCUCCAACGCUCACCUGAGGGGUUACGCGAGGCUGCUCAGCGCUUCCAUUGCUGCCGAGAAGCAGAGAGGGCUGGCGGUGGAAAUAGGGGUUGAGCUGGGCGUCAAAGUGGCUCUCUCCAGAAUUCUAGAGCUGAAAAGCAGUGAGUGUGACCAGCCUGCGAUUCUCGUGCAGAUUUCUUCGAGAUCACGAGCUUCCCAGAAGAACUCAGAAGAGAAGCUGAUAUGGUCGGGCUGUUUCUGCUCGGUGUCUGGAGAUGAACUUUCUGAGAACCUCCCAGAGGGCUUCACUUGUUUACCUCUGUUUCUUGUUAACGGGACAGAGAGUUACACGUCCAUGGUCGGAAGUUGGUUUCAGAAGACUUUUGACUGCUGCUUCCGCCGUUUAGCCAUCAGCCCUCUCAAUCUCAGCUGGAUGGCGGCUAUGUGGACUGGAUGCAAUGUGGAUAAAACUCUGUCUGCCAUGGAACUCGUUUUCUCUGUCCCCUGUCUGCCCCAGCCUCUGGAUAUCUCCUACGCCAUUCAUCCAGAGGAUGCAAAAGCUCUGUGGGAGACAGUUCAGAACACUCCAGGAGAGAUCACUCAGGAAGAUGUGGAUGUCUUUAUGGACUGCCUUUACUCUCACUUCCACAGACACUUUAAGAUCCACUUGUCAGCUGCAAAACUGAUGAAAGUUUCUACAGCAAUCGCCUCGGCCCACUCUGACGGGACUAUAAAGUUUUUACACAGCCAGUACCUAACUGGCGUGCUGAUGCUACUGACCGAACUAGCAAUCGCUCAG